CUGUGCCCGGCCUGUGGGCCCGCCGUUACCGGUAGCGCUGCGGGCGGGCGGGCGGAGCCUUCCUUCCCGGUGACGCGGCGGCGGGAGCGACGAGGCCCGGAGAUGGCGCGGAGUCACAGCCGCAGAACGAUCUCGAACAACAACAACGGCGGCGGCAGCGGCGGCGGCGAGGGCUCGGGGUCGGGGGCCCAGGCCGGCGGGCGGAAGUGUUCAGAAGGGAUGGCAAAGAAAAGACCAAAGGCACAAAAAAAUAAUGAUGUUUUCAAGGUUGCCAAUAGCAGGAGCAUAAAAGCCAAAAACAAAACCAAACAUGUGACUACAAGUCUCAAGAAGAUCAAUAUUAGGAACAGUGAAAAAGUCUCUAAAAUCAAUAAAGCAUUUACAGAAGUACAAAAAGAGAUCACGAACCUAUCCAAAGCCACAACUUCGAAGAAACCACUGCAGAUUCCCAGAACUCCGCCAGCUGAACAGCUGAAUGUAGAUGCUACAACACAGUUGUUUUCCCAGUUGUGAAAUUCAGAAAAUGCUUUCAGUCGAUGAGAACAUGUAUACAGUGGACAAUGCAACCUACAGUACAAUGAGAAUUUUAAUGUUUUCUCUUUUUGUUCCAACUCUCUAAAUGUACAAACAUAUGAACCAAAGAUCAUAGAGGAGCUCCUCUAGUAUCUUUGAUAUGAACUGCAGAUGCUGGUUUCUACCAAAAAUAGACACAAAAUGCUGGAGCAACUCUAGAGAAAAUGAAUAGCUGACGUUUUGAGACGGGACCCUUCUUCAGACUUCUGAAGGUAGGUCCCGUCCUUAAACAUCCACUAUCCAUUUUUUUCCAGAGAUGCUGCCUGACCCACUGAGUUAUUCCAACACUUUGUGACUGUCUCUAAAUGGUAAAUUUUUUUUUCAGUACAUACCAAAUGAGAAAUCCUUUCUGGUAUUCCAGAGGAAAUGAAUCUAAUGCCUUCUGCAGAUUCAAGGUUGUUUGUGACAAAUGUCAGUGUUUGGUUUUGACCGAAGCAGAUUUUUAGACAAUUCAUAAAAUUACAUAUAAAAA